CAUCAACAAGUAUAGAAGAUGAAAAGAUGAAAUACACAAGCGGUAAACUUAUUAAAUUCAAAAGUCGACCUCAUAAUUACACCGAAUCAGCAUCAAAAUUGGAUUUAACUGAAUCGAGGAUAUUUCUUAGUAAACAGAUAGAUGGGAACAACAAAACUGUAAUAAGUCCCCAUGAUUAUGAAUAUUUAGUUAAGGAGGAGACGAUCUGUGCACACAAUCCGUUUAUGUUAAUAUUUAUCCACACGGCUCCUAAAAACAGUGUUCGCCGGAACACGAUUCGCAAAACAUGGGGCAGUGUUAGAAACAUAAAGGGCUACCGUAUUGAGCUGAUAUUUCUACUAGGCGUUGCCCUUAAUCGAUCAACAAAUGAUGAUAUUGUGCAAGAGAGCAAGCAAUACCAUGAUAUAAUACAAGAAGAUUUUAUAGACUCAUACAGAAAUUUGACACUGAAGGGAAUCAUGGGACUCAAGUGGACCAUAGACUUUUGCCCUCAUGCAACAUUUGUUUUGAAAACAGACGACGAUGUUUUUGUGAACAUAUAUCCAUUGUUUGACUAUCUCUUGAAGAUUAAUAAAGAAGAAACUGGACGCCAUAACUUAUUAGGCUUCAUUCGGCCACCUGAACCUCCACCGAGGCAAUCAAAUUUAAAUAAGGCGACGAAGGAGGAAUAUGCAAAAGAUAUGUAUCCACCAUUUUGUAAUGGUCUGGCUUUCAUAUACUCCAUGUCUGCUGUCAAAGCAAUAUACAAAGCAUCAUUAUACGAACCGUUCUUUUGGAUAGACGAUGUUUUUAUAACUGGGGUACUUGCUGAAAAAGCCGGUGUUAAACAUACUCAGCUGAAUCACAAAUACCCUUCAAAUAUAUUAACUUCUAGUGAUGUUACUCUUAAGGCAUUGAAAGGGGAAAAAGAAAAGUAUCUGUUCGUUUUGAUUCACGAUUUGCACAAGUUUCCAUCACGUAUGGAUGACUUUUGGAAAAUUUCAAGAAACAACGGCUGAAUGAUAGCUGGUACCGUAGUUUACCAUGAUUCAUGACAAUACUAGCACUUGGCAACUCUUACAUCAGUUGGCUAUCUAAGCACGAUGACCUCAGAGAAAACACUGGAUAAUUUAAAAGAAUAUAAUUCAUACUCGUAUAAUAUAAAAGUAAAAUUCUUGAAAACCUAUUCGAACUUAAAAAUCUAGGUCUUUAGGAUAAUGCCUGAACCUGAACUUGAUUACUUUUUUCACCGAGAUGCUUAGAUGUUUAGAGCAGAAAACAAAUGCUAUUUUGUGUAGUAGCAGUUUAUAAAAAAAACACUGGUCUAGUAUUUAAAAUAUUUAAAGAUUUUAUUUGCAAAUGCCUUGGCGUAUAUGAGGCCUUGUCAGUACUACAAAUAAUGAUGCUUCAAUAUACGAGGUAGGAAUCAUUUAAACUAAAUGAAAAAUACGUCAUUCAUAAUAUCAGACAGACGGAUCGAUUGACUAACGGAUGCAAUAAUGGAGGGAUGGGCGGAUAGAGGUAGUCUCUACACAGGUCUUAUACGAUAACAGAUGUAUCAAAUAUGUGAUGUUUUAUUAAAAUCUGCGAUAUUUACGUUGAUAUUAUUCAACGCGGACCCAUCUGUAUGGAAUGAUCAAUGACGGCAGUCGCCCAUGCAUUGAAUAGACGCAAAAACUACAUGUAGUUGGUCAAAUAGUUUAUUGUACCUAACUAAACUAAAACAAUAGACUACAAUAGAAGUUACAUAAUAUAUACUUACACGUCGCACGAAACUGGGGACAAUUUGAGUAACAUUAUGGCGUCAAAAUACCAAAACAAUACAAUGGCCAGUAUAGGGCGCAAUCAGCAUUAUAACGUCAAAAACGACAAGCGUUACAUUUUGUCAAGUUUAGU